AUGUCUGAGAAACUGUCCUGCCCCAGCAAGGAGACCCCUACCCCUCUCUGCAAUCUGAAGAACCUAUACUGGGCCUGUGUCCACAAUGACCCCACUGAGCUCCAAGCCAGGCUGGAUGCUGGGGUCUCCCCAGAGGAGGCUUCCCAAGUGGACAGCAAUGGGAGGACAGGUCUCAUGGUUGCAUGCUACCAUGGCUUCGGUGCCAUUGUGGCCCUUCUCAGCUACUGUCCUUUCCUGGAUGUGAACCAGCAGGACAAAGACGGAAACACAGCCCUCAUGCUGGCUGCUCAAGCAGGUCACAUGCCACUGGUGACUCUACUGCUCAACUACUUUGCUGGCCUAGACCUGGAGCGCAGGGACCAGCGGGGGCUCACAGCUCUGAUGAAGGCUGCCAUUCGAGACCGCUCCGAGUGUGUGGUUGCCCUUCUCAUGGCAGGUGCUGACCUGAGUUCCGUAGAUCCAGUACGAGGCAGGACAGCCUUGGAGUGGGCUGUUCUGACUGACAGUUUCGACACAGUGCGGAAGAUCCGGCAGCUGCUGAGGCGGCCCCAGGCAGAGCAGCUCAGCCUGCAAUACCAGCCGGAGUGGCCAGCCUUGGCCCAGCUUGUGGCCCAGGCCCAGGCCCAGGCCCAGUCUGCCCCAUCCCUCCUAGAAAGGCUGCAAGCUACCCUGAGCCUCCCUUUUGCUGAGUCUCCGCAGGAAGGGGGUGUUCUGGACCACUUUGUGACUGUCACCACCAGCUUGGCCAGUCCCUUCCUCACCACUGCCUGCCACACACUGUGCCCUGAUCACCCACCCAUGCUGGGCAUUCGAGGCAAGUCAGUGCCGGAGCUGUUGGGUACUGCCCCUCUCCCUCCCCCAGCACCCCAUCCUCCUCAGGCUGUCCCUGUUCCCCAGGUCUUUGUCCCUUACCAGAUCCCUCGGAGUAUGCUCUCCCAGUGGCUGCAGUCCAGGGAGAGCUUCCCAAUUUAUUUCUUGCCUGACCUGUUAGGCCUGUCACCGACACCCCGAGAACCUGGAGUGAGGAAGAUGAGGACAGGUACCUUGGCUGAUACCUUGUGCUCGUCCCUCUCAGCGGUGCCCACGCCGCUCCCUCCUGAGCCAGGAAUCCAGAUUUCUGACUCUGGCCCCUUCCCAGUCCCGGGAGGCCGCCGCGCCAGCCGCGCGGAUCGAGCUCUUCCCCGGUCCCAGGCCGGCUCUGAACGCGAGACCCCGGCCGCCUCCGGGGAGGAUAGGCGGGGGUCCCGUUGCCCCAUCCAAAGGGUGCUGGGUUAA